AUGCCACCAGCCCGGAACCUCCCGCGCUGCCCAACCAUAGUCAACCCUACCGUGUUCUUUGACAUCGCCAUCGACGGCGAGCCCUUGGGCCGCGUCUCCUUCGAGCUGUUUGCAGACAAAGUUCCAAAGACAGCAGAAAACUUUCGUGCUCUGAGCACUGGGGAGAAAGGCUUUGGUUAUAAAGCUUCCUGCUUUCACAGAAUAAUUCCGGGAUUUAUGUGCCAGGGUGGUGACUUCACACGCCAUAAUGGCACUGGUGGCAAGUCCAUCUAUGGGGAGAAAUUUGAUGAUGAGAAUUUCCUCCUGAAGCAUAUGGGUCCUGGCAUCUUGUCCAUGGCAAAUGCUGGCCCCAACAUAAACGGUUCCCAGUAUUUCAUGUGCACUGCCAAGACUGAGUGGUCGGAUGGCGAGCAUGUGGUCUUUGGCAAAGUGAAAGAGGGCAUGAAUUUUGUGGAAGCCAUGGAGCUCUUUGGGUCCAGGAAUGGCAAGACCAGCAAGAAGAUCACCAUUGCUGACUGGGGACAAAUCUAACAAUAGAUUUGACUU